UUCCCAGGCUCAGUCCAUAGUAGGAGACAGUGUAGGCAGCAGCAGCAGCAGCAGCAGGAGGGUGACAGAGCUGGAGGGCAGCAGGUGACUAAAGGCCGGACUGCGCUACACGAAUCAGUGAGGGAAGAGAGCGGUGCAUUUCGGGUAAAGGAGGGUCUUCAGAAGAAACCCAGCGCAAGGAUUGGUCACGUGGCUCUCAAAGUCAUGUGAUGUGCCGGCAGCGUCACGUGUUCAUAUUUCUGUUUUGUACGACUCGCUGUCCGGGAUGGGAGGUUAUGUUGCUGUGACAGCUCCUCCCACUGCGCCGUGCUGAUAAGGAGAAUGGCUGAUAUAAGGCUCCGCCCCCAGGUAACUCCCUGAGACCCUUCCUGACGGGUGAUGCCCUGUCCUCACUUGGCAAUGAACAGGUCCGAGGUUUCCUCUGAGAUACACGAGAUUGUGUCGUCGGCCAUCCAGAGUCCAGCAUCGGAAGGUGCCUCGUUGCCCCCCCAGCAUUAUGAGGAUGAAGGCGAUGUGAUCCAGGCACUUGAGAUUGAAAGAUUUGAGGAGAUUUUGCAGGAGAUCCACCCCAGGAGCCCCACAGAGCUGGGCAAAAGCUACAGUGAGGAGGACUUCCAGUAUCACCGCCAGUCUUCCCAUCACAUACACCACCCAUUGUCCUGCCACCUUCCUCCUGAGCCUAGUAGCAAGGAUGGACGCAAACACAAGAAGCGGCGGAGAGGCAAGAAGCAGGCAUCUGCCCCCGGAGAAAACACUGGAACUAUCCAGGAGGGAGAGGAAGAUGAAGAUGAGGAGAACACAGAGGGAGAUAAAACUCCAGAAGAAGGCACAGACACGGGGAACAUACAGUUCUUCCUGGUGGAUGAGAGUAAGACUGACAGCAACACAACCCUGACACCGACCACAAUUACCCAGGGCAAAAUAAAUGAGGAUGGAAGUUGUUCAGGACAAACAAAAGCGAGAUCUGGCAGUGUCCCUUGUGGGGAUGGAGUUAGUGCUCCCCGCCACUCUCACCGACCACCCCCCACCCACCGUAGCUACAGUCUAACAGAGCGUCGCCGGAUCGGCAGCAUGACCCACCCCGAGGAGAACCAUUACCACCAAGUGCCAACUGAUCCAACAGAAGCAGAGACUUUGGCAUCCGCAGACCUGGACUACAUGAAGAGUCACCGAUUUGAGGACCUUCCCGCUGUCCGUAGACAUCUUGUACGCAAAAACAAAGGGCAAGUAGUCCAUAUCAAUAAAGAGCAUCGUGAGAGACAACCCCAUCGGAAAAGCGUGACACUUCAGCCUCAUGAGGUGUUUGUGGAGCUCAAUGAGCUGGUCUUGGACAAGCACCAGGAGCUGCAAUGGAAGGAGACAGCUCGAUGGAUAAAAUUUGAGGAAGAUGUAGAAGCAGAAACUGACCAAUGGGGAAAGCCCCACGUGGCCUCUCUCAGCUUCCGUAGCCUGUUAGAACUCAGGCGGACAUUGUCGCAUGGUGCUGUCCUGUUGGAUCUGGAUCAAAGAACUCUCCCAGGAAUAGCUCAUCAAGUGGUGGAACAAAUGAUCAUCAGUGACCAAAUCAAGGCUGAAGACCGAGCCAAUGUACUGAGAGCUCUUCUCCUUAAACACAGCCACCCCAGCGAUGAGAAAGACUCUUCCUUUUCCCGUAAUAUCUCUGCGGCCAGUCUUGGCUCCCUUCUUGGACACCACAGUACAAAUCAUGUUUCCCAGCACAGUGAGCCCAACCUGACCGACCCCCUAAUGGGGGGAGAUCCUGGUGAUCAGGAGACCAAGAUAGACAUUGAGCGAGAGAGAGAGUCCAUCCCUUCCCUCCCCUCUAUCCAACGCUCAAAGUCUAAACACGAGCUGAAGCUGCUAGAGAAGAUUCCGGAGAAUGCCGAGGCCAGUGUGGUACUAGUGGGCUGCGUGGAGUUUCUGGAGCAGCCCACAAUGGCGUUUGUUAGAUUGCAGGAGGCGGUUGAGCUGGACUGUGUGUUGGAGGUUUCUAUUCCUGUGCGGUUCCUGUUUGUCCUCCUCGGACCAAGUACCUCAAAUCUGGAUUAUCAUGAGAUUGGCCGAUCCAUAUCAACACUGAUGUCCGACAAGCUAUUCCAUGAGGCUGCCUACCUUGCUGAUGACCGCCAGGACCUUCUCAAUGCCAUCAAUGAGUUCCUGGACUGCAGUGUUGUGCUGCCUCCUUCUGAGGUUAUGGGGGAGGAGCUUCUGCGCUCGGUGGUCCUGUUCCAGAGGGAGAUGCUGAGGAGGCGGCAGGGGCAAGAGAAGAAGGUUUUGGAGGAACCCGGAGACAUCCAGGACAAAGCUCUUCUAAAGAAAAUUGCAGCAGACAGUGGAGGAGACGACCCCCUGCGCAGGACAGGGAAACCUUUUGGGGGGCUUAUUCGUGAUAUCCAGCGGCGGUACCCCAAAUAUGUCAGUGAUUUCCGGGAUGCGCUGGAUGCGCAGUGUAUGGCUGCCGUCAUCUUCAUUUACUUUGCUGCUCUCUCUCCUGCCAUCACGUUCGGCGGUCUCCUCGGUGAGAAGACAGAGGGUCUCAUUGGAGUCUCGGAGUUGAUAAUCAGCACAUGUUUGCAGGGGGUUAUAUUUUGCCUGUUGGGGGCUCAGCCGCUGCUGAUCGUAGGGUUUUCGGGGCCACUGCUGGUAUUUGAAGAAGCUUUUUACACGUUCUGCUCAGCUAACGGCAUGGAGUACCUGGUGGGGCGAGUGUGGAUUGGCUUCUGGCUGGUGGCCAUUGUGGUCAGUAUGGUGGCCUGCGAGGGAAGCUUCCUGGUUCGUUUUGUCUCUCGAUUCACCCAAGAAAUCUUCUCAAUUCUCAUCUCCCUCAUCUUCAUCUAUGAGACCUUCUAUAAACUCUUCAAGGUCUUCCAGGAGCACCCCCUCACCAACUGCCGCCUCCACAACUUGACUGACCCACUAAAUGUAACCGAGAACCUUCUUCACAAUGGAACGGAACUGAUUGGCCCCACUAAUGUGACUGGGCAACCAAACACCGCCCUCCUGUCUCUCGUGCUCAUGGCCGGGACCUUCUUCAUCGCAUUUUUCCUGCGCAAACUCAAGAACAGUAAUUUUUUCCCAGGCAGGGUGCGCCGAGUCAUUGGAGAUUUUGGAGUUCCCAUUGCCAUUCUCAUUAUGGUACUUGUGGAUUUCAGCAUCACUGACACCUACACUCAGAAAUUAAGUGUCCCCAGUGGCGUCAAGGUGACGUCACCGGAGAAACGAGGUUGGGUGAUCAACCCUCUAGGCUCCCAGGAGCCAUUCCCAGUCUGGAUGAUGUUUGCCAGUGUCCUACCUGCAGUGCUUGUCUUCAUCCUCAUCUUCAUGGAGACCCAGAUCACCACGCUGAUUAUCAGUAAGAAGGAGCGAAUGCUGGUGAAGGGAUCGGGUUUUCACUUGGAUUUGCUACUGAUUGUCACAAUGGGUGGGAUCAGCGCUCUCUUUGGGUUGCCAUGGUUGGCCGCCACCACUGUCCGUUCAGUGACCCACGCCAAUGCUCUGACUGUUAUGAGUAAAGCCGUGGCCCCUGGGGACAAACCAAAGAUCCAGGAGGUGAAAGAGCAAAGAGUCACAGGUCUGCUGGUGGCCAUCCUUGUGGGUCUGUCUAUAGUGAUUGGGGAUGUCCUACGAAAGAUCCCAUUGGCCGUUCUUUUUGGGAUCUUUCUAUACAUGGGAGUCACGUCGUUAAAUGGGAUCCAGUUCUAUGAGAGACUACAACUACUCCUUAAACCUCCCAAGCACCACCCGGACGUGAUGUAUAUAAAGAAGGUGCGGACGCUUCGGAUGCAUCUCUUCACCGCUAUACAACUUGUCUGUCUAGCAAUUUUGUGGGUUGUCAUGUCCACAGCUGCUUCUCUUGCCUUCCCCUUCAUCCUCAUCCUCACAGUUCCCCUACGCCUCUUCAUACUGAGAAGGAUAUUCACGGAGCGUGAAAUGAAAUGCCUUGAUGCUGAUGAGGUGCAACCAAUCUUUGAUGAGCAGGAGGGUGUGGAUGAAUACAAUGAAAUGCCAAUGCCAGUAUAAAGCCAAUUGUGCCACUUGGGAUAGGACCACAAAGAUCUGGGGGUGGGGCAUGGACAUUGCCCUAUUUCUGAUAUUCCUCUCGUCCUAAAUAGAAGUUGUACUGGAGAAAGAUCCUUUUGGGGGCAGAAUUUUUGCGGGAAUGACAUUUGAGGGUGGGACGGGGGUCUCUGCCCUGAACUUGUAUAAAAUGCUCCAGUGAUUGGGAGUCAGGUGACAUAGAUGUUUGUUCAAACUGAUCAUCUAUUAAUUUUUGGACUGUGGUAACGCUGGAUCUUAUUACCCAAGAACCUCUUGUGUUUUGGGACAAGGACCAGUCACGGUGUCUGCUAAGGGCCACAAUGGGUCGGCUGCUGUGGCUCCUAUUGUGGUGCCUCUACUUUGUUCCUGCUAAUCAUGAGUGACCCGAAUUGAGGACAAAAUGCACCUUGAGUGGGAAGUGAAAUCAUGAUUGGUUGAAAGCUGCUGCCUCCUAAGGGUAGAGAUUACUGCCAGGCUCCUCGGGUGCCUUCGUUUCGGUUAAUCUUCCCCAGAAAAGUUAAGGAAGGGUUUCUUACCCCACCAUAAAUGAAGCUGGAGAUCUGUUACUGGUCCUCAGAAAAAAGAAGAGAAGAAGGUAGAUAGGGUAAGUGUUAGAGCUAGAGGUCAGUUACAAGUGACAAGAUACAAGUAGCUGCUACUCAAUGGUCAGUAAUGGUCAAUAAUGAUGCAUUCAGAGCUUGUAGUAAAGUCUGUUACUCCUUAAACAUGAUGUUUAUGGUCUAUUGUACAAAGUAGAGGUAUGGGGUGUGUAUCCCUUAGCAACACAAGGUAACAGUCUGUUACUACUCCUGAACGACAGGUAAUGGACAUUGAUAUUACAACUAAGUCAAGGCAGGGGUUGUUACUUCUCUAAAGGGUGAGAAAUGAAUAAUGAGAACGUGUAGCCUCUGUGUCUAAUACUCUUUCCUGUGAAACCCCUAAAUAAAGCAAUAGUAGAGGUAUAUCAUUGUUCCCCAGUAGUAAGCACUAUGUAUUAAUGCUCCUCAAGACUUUCCCUGGCAGUACAGUCAGUGCUCCUCUAGAGAAGGAUUGUUACUCACUACUCAUAGACAAUUGCUGUCAGAUCCUUCAGAGCAUUUAUUUAUGAUUGGGUACUUAGUAUACUUUGUAAACUGCAGUAUUUUAUUUACCAAAGAAUAAAUAUGUAUAAAGUUAUUAACACAUUGA